UUUUCCAACAAAUCCGUUGUGUUUAUGCACUUUCAGCCAACUUAUCACUUGUCAACUGCUUUUGAUUUACUCAUGAGUACGAAGCCCCUUGAAUUUUCAUCAAAGAUUUUGACAUUGAGCAGAUAGGUACUGUUUUUUUUUUCGUUCUUCUGUAGUGCUUAGUUCUUUGACUGUAAUCAGAUCUUAGAUUUCAACUGAUCAGUAUGAUGGGAGAUUGGAAGAUUCAUUGUUUUCCUGCCAUUAAUAAGUUGGAUAGGUCUCAGCAUCGUGAUUCGAGACUUCAGUUACACAAAAGGUUAUAGAGAUACCUGGCAUAUGAUAACUCGAAGGAAGAGAUAUUAAGGGAAAGAUAUAAGCUGUUUAGUUACAGCACUUUGAAAUGCAAUUUUCUGUUUGCUGAGACAAAUCUUGUACAACCAACCAACUUACAAAAGUUAUGCUAUAUCCUUCAAUGAAUCCGACCUACAGCUACAUUCCCUGAGUGUAAUUUUCUUUUCAGAGGAUCAUCACAUCCAUUGGAUUAUUGAUAGCCAGAAUAAAAAGUUGUAAAUGGUUUGAAUUUCGGCUCAACUUUCAGCUAGUCUACAUGAUAAAUUGAAUUCUGGACAGUGGCGCGUCCUCGUGUUCAAUCAUAAUACUCUAUGGAUAUAGUACCACAGACCACUUACAGUGGAUAGCACUACACUACCAAGGUGCCCGUGGGUGUUGUCAGCGAUUCGCGAUUUCUGUCUUCCAUUCAGAUCAAAAGCGGUUGGAAAAUUAAUAUCGCAUGCGCUUAGGAUGAUCAAAUUAUUUGAAAAUUACGUUUAGAGAAAAAAAAUUCAAUUCAUGGUGUAAUCCUAGUAGUACGGUCCAUUGCACGUAAUUGCUGCAAAAGACCGCCGACAAUCUGACAGCCAAACGAAUCUUUAAGGUUCAGUCAUCUCCACGGUGGGUCAACGUGGGUCAACGCUGCUAAGAAGUUCGAAAUCUUGACCCUAGUUUGACCUGCUUUCUGUGUGUAUCCUGCGUUCAAUGGCUCGCAACAUGGCGAUGGAGGAUAUGUGCUAUUGAAAACAGGUAUUAUCAUUCUCUAUACAUGGCCUUUUCUGGCGCUUAUGAUUUUACCGCUCAUUUAGAAGAGGCUAGAUAUGAUCUUUGAACUUGUAGAGAUCACGAACUUCCUACUGUCACAAACGUAUUGCAUGUAAUCUUUCUUGAAUUACCCCUCGUUCGUACUGUAUGUUACUGUCUUUUCGAGCGAGUCUCGCAUCGCGCAUCAAAAUUAUUUAAUAAAUGAUAUAUUCAGUUUCAAAUUCCAUAUUAGUCGAGGCUCCACAAUCAAAAGACCGAUUACUCAUCAAGCUACAUGUACCGAUUCUUGAAUUAGGACAAACUGUUCGUGUAACCUAUUUGCGAAAAUGAUGCGCUAAGCCGGUAUCGUGCGCGUCCUUUUUACUUUCAUCUGUCGGUGAUGGCUCAACUAUGAUUCUACACAAAUUUCUAAUCUAAAAGUAUGUUGAAAUUUUACUGGAUUUUUUUUUCCAGGGACUUUAUGGAAUUCUGUAAACUAUCAGCUUUUCCAUAUUUGUAUGAGGAUUAUUUCAAAUAACAGGCCUUUCUUAAUAAUCAAUCUCUCAUUGCGAUACCUGAUAACAGAAGUCACAUAGCUAUAAAAAGGUGUUCAUGAUACAGAAAAAAGUUAUUCAAACGAGUUUAACAGAGUUCUAUUAUUCUGAGCGUGCAUUCAAGAGUCUAGUGAAAAGUGUAGAAAAAAAUGAAAAUUUUUCACUAGUAAACUGUCAUUUAAACAAAGUUGUAAACAAAAUGUACUGGUGAUCCUGAGGGUUCAUUAAUUACAUUAUGCAUUAAAUUUCCAAUAGGACUUUUUUGUUGGGAUCAUUCAUGAUUCCAUCAAACCGAACCAUUAUCGUAAUCAAAGUAUGAACAGUAUUUGAGCAUUCUAUGCACUGUCUCAUUUUCUUAAUUCUCCUAUUAACAUGGUUUAGAUGCUUGCACUGCUGCCAGUCUAGUAAGUUUCUUUGACAUUACGUGAUUCCAAUUAAUCACCUGUGUGCAUAUUCAGUUGUGGCUCCUGCAUUCUUGUGAGAUACAUUAAGAGCUUUGAAAUUUCUCAUAUUGCUUAUUUGGCUAUGUAUCACUCGACGUAUUCCCCACACAUGUUGAUGCAAACGGUAGGCGAACAACAGGGAGGAAAUACACAAUUUCCACCAGCACAAACUCAUACUGUACAUAACAACGGUAUAAAUUCACCACACCUAACAGAAUAUAGUCUGUAUGCUCGGGAUGGUAAUGAUCAAAAUAGACAUCAUGUAGUACAGACAGGGUCUCAUCCUUUGGAGCUGCUGCAACUGAUGGGUGUUGACAUUCCACCAUUGCGUCGCACAGUGUACAGCAUGCAGAGCGGAAGUUAUUCUAACAAUGCAUGGCAAAGAAGGAACAAUCCUACAAAUAAUUUAUCUCCAAUGCCACCACCACAUCUAAACUUCCGACCUGCCAGUACAGGGUCCAUUAAAAAACCAAAUUGGAACAACAAAUGUGGCAAGAAAAAUACUUACCGAGAACCGACAUCACAAAACGAUAUUUACAACAGCGAUAGCGGUUUCAGCUCACGUUCUCCAACACCUAAUAAACACCAAACUGAUGGUAGCCAGACCGAAAGUUCUGAUGAACGUGAUUCAGUUGCAUCUUCUGCUGAACAGGGCAUGAAACGAUUGCAUGAAGUUCAUCUAUUGACAAAUAGUGUGAGUAAUAAUAAUACAAACUCUAAUAGUGGACUCAUCUCUAGUGCUUCAGCACAUCAAUUUUACCAGAAUCAAAGACCUGUCAACUACUACCAUAAUGCUAUACCUACUGCGCGAUCACAAGCGCAAAACUACCAAGGUAAAAGAAGAUAUCAUUCGGGAAGAAAUAGUCCACCUGCACAAAGAGCCCAGAGAGGAAGAAAAUUUGCAGGAGUAAUAUUGCCCACUUGCAACAUGUAUCCCAGAUGUUAUAUUGCACCGGAUAGAUUUCUAGCACGAUCUCAUCUUGUCGAGGUUAGAAAAACACCUCAAAAUUUAUUGACUGGGUCUAGUUGGGAUGCUCUGUCGCGAGAUGUUUGGAAAAAAUUCAUGUCAAAUCAACAAAGUGAAACCACCUACAGGAAUAAAAUGAUGCUUUGGAAAUAUUUGUAUAUUUACAUCAAAACGGCAUUUCCAAGAUACGGAUUAUUUUUGGUGGGUUCAACAAUGAGUGGGUUUGGAUCAGAUAAUAGUGACGUGGAUAUGUGCCUCUUGGUAAGACACACAGAAAUGGAUCAACGGAAUGAAGCUGUUGGACAUUUAGAACAGAUUUCAAAGUGCCUGAAGAGAUGUGUAGAUUGGCGGGUCAGACCUUUGGUAUUGGUGGUGAAACUCUGGGCGCAGUGCCAAGACAUCAACGAUGCUAAGAAUAUGACCAUUUCGAGCUAUUCUUUGGUGCUGAUGGUUAUACAUUUCUUGCAAUAUGGUGUGAAUCCGUCAAUCUUGCCUUGUCUUCAUUCGCUUUAUGAAGGUAAAUUCGGUCCUCACACGGACAUCCACACAAUUGAUAUUCACGAAGAUCUGGGCACACCGGUUUCCGGUUUUAUAUCUUCCAACUCUUUGUCACUUGGUGAACUUCUACUACAAUUUUUCGAAUACUACGUUAGAUUUGAUUUCAGCCAAUACGCUAUUUCCGUGCGAAUGGCCACAAAGAUGCCAAUUGAAGAAUGUCGAAGGGCUAGAUCAUACAAGAAUGACCCACAUCAGUGGAAAUAUCUUUGCAUAGAAGAGCCGUUUGAUUUGACUAACACAGCGAGAUCGGUUUAUGAUCCGGACGUCUUUGAACGUAUCAAACAAGUUUUCAGAAGGUCUUAUUAUACGCUGAAAAAGAACUACGACCUUAGCAGCAUUUUUGUUAAAUUGGACACAGGAACGGUGUACAAUACAACGUAGCUUUAAAGCUUGCUAGAAAUGCUCUGUAGUCAGUAGUUAGGGAAUUUAUUUAUUCGACUGCCAAUUUUUUUGGUAGUUUGUGUUUCUAUUGGCUCUUUAAAGCCCGUUGCGCCACGUCGAUAUACAUACAUUUAAAGAAACCCUUGGUAUGAAAGAUUUUGUUACGAUCUAUUUUUCAUAGGGCAGAAUUAUUUUGUGAUAAAUUUUUUACUCGAACGGUAGCUUUUUCAAACUUGCGAUUGCAGAGUCGUUUACAGAACAUGGUGCUAAAUUAUUGUUGUAUAGCUUUGGAAAGGGGCCUUGCGCGAUAUACUACGCGCCUCAAGUCGAUUGACUGGACAAUAAAUAAAGGUGCAAUAUAAUUUUCGGAAUGGAACAUCAACUUCGCAAUUAAAUGUCAUGAAACUUUACCUAGCAGCUUUAUUUUCAUACUGCAAUUUUAACGAUUUAUGGUAAAAUGAGCAAUCGAUGGGGAUUAUAAGAUAUUCUACAAAGCCAAGAGAGUCCCCCAACAAAACGACACUAUAAGGCUUUUAUUAUCGGCAAGAACUCUGACAGUUCAUAAAAGAUGUUGUGCAUUAAAAUCUAUAUAUGGUGCCUUGAUGGUUGCUGUAGUUGCAAAACAACACCUUAAAAAUAUUUCUAUUAGUACAGAGUACUUGUGAACGAAGAAAGUAUAAUAAAAAGUGACAAGAGUUUUACUUAUAUACACUUGAUAAUAAUAAAAAAAAAUAAUAAUAAUGAUUAAAAAAACAAGUAUAAAUGAAAUAAAAACUACGAAGCUCAAAGAGCUAAAGUGGCUUGAAUGAUACUUAAAAAAUUUUGGUUGCAAAAUUACAUAUCGCUAAUGAUCAUUAAUUGAAUAACGUUAUUCUAAUUUUAAAUGAAAAUAAAAAUAAAAAAAAAGAUAUACAUUGGUUGUACUCACGGAAUAUUUUCCAUCGAAAGAAGCGAGAGUAAAGUUCUACACGCUAAUCUUUCCUCUGAAGAACGGAAACAACCACAAAAAAAAGUUAUAAAAAUACUCAUUAAAGUUGAGGUAAUUCCUGAACAAGAAAAAAAAAUCGUUGUAUUAGUUAAGUUUGUAAUACUGUUAUUGGAUGUCAGGAUAAGUUUGACGGACAUUCAAUCCCAUGUUUUCACAUAAGAAGAGUUCAUGGAUGAGCUCUUCUGGUUUAUGAAAGAUCGUUAAUCGAAUGAGAGAAAAAGUCCGGAUAUUCAUACCCAUUGUCAAAACUAUUGUUGAUACUUUGUAUUCAGCGAUCUGUUGUAUUCAUUUUUACUCAGAAUCGUAGAUGAACAGGUAACGUUUCUUCUAGUUGGGCCAACUUUUCAAUUUAUUCUGCCAAACUAUCUUCGAUGCAUACAUUCCGGUAGCUUUAUAAAAAAUUUAUGGGCCCAACCAUGAUUCAGGGGCCAUUGUCAACUUGUCGCCACAAAAACCAAUGUUCAAUAAAUCAAAAAAUCCGAAGAAAAUUCCUGUUGUGGCGAAUAGAUAUAAAUUUGAAUUGGAUUCUCUCAAACCACGUUCGAAAUGUAUAAGAAACCAAGUCUCAAUUCUUUCUAGUCCGGGUUUGGCUAAGUCUUUUUCAUAUUAAUUUUUAUGUAAGGUGAACACAAACCCACAGGUGAUAAGAGAAAAUAUGGCUGUGUUGGCUGUAAAGCUAUGCUACACUAUUAAAAAACAAGUCAUGUAGGAGGUCUGUGUCCUAAUAACUAGUCUUCCACCUAUGAUGUGCGUCCGAGAAAUAGGGUACUUAAAUAUUCAGCAAACUACAUGUAAACUGAUCUUUCCAAUACCCAAACCUCGCUAUAUUAUUGAAGUUUCUUGAGACAUUUUCACAGACCUUAAACUUACUUAUUAAAAUAAGCUAUGUAUAUUUCAAUAUUAUCCCAAGUGCCAAAAUCAACUAUAAUAAGCAAUUUACUACAGAUAAUUUUUGACUCUAUUAACAACACUGUAAUUCAAGUAUAUAAAUUUAGAUAACAACAAACUGAAUUUGCAUUUAUACUCAAAUUUCUCACUUUGUAUUUUGAAAUGUUCCAAGCCACACCAACUUUUCCAAACCUUUGGAUAAGUCAAUACUAUGAAAUUAUUUUUUUGUAACUCCCAUUUUGUUGUUAAAUAAAUGCAUUGUUUCUAUUA